AUGACGACGUUGCAUACAACUGUGCCACAACGCUUAGAUCCCAAAAUCAAUCUGGCCUCCGCCCAGUCCAAACGUCAGCUUUACACGGAACUGCUGGCAACGACAACUUUGAUCAACGAUGACGCUCCUACUAUUGACAAUUGUGAUAGCUUGAAUCUCGAUCUCCAUAUCGAUUUGGGCCUGAUGCUUGAUGAUUUGAAGCUCGGAGAAGACACGUUUCAGGAAAGACCGAUCGAUGACGACAAAGCAAAUGAUGCUGACUACAGCCUCCCGUCACCAGAUGAUAUGCAUGAACGGGAUAUUCAUUCGACUCAUUCCAUAAACACAAGCCAUCUGACAAAAACCCAUCACACCCGCAAUACUCAGACUACCGCAUACAGUAAAACUAGCGUGAAGACUCAAGGAACUACCCAAACUUCAAAGACGCAACGCACGAUGGCUCUGCUCCAGGGUGUCGGGCGUAAUUUGAAACGUUACUCAAUGUUUAAGCAAGAGCCUGACCACCACAGCGAUGUUGUUUCUAGAGAACGGUCGUACAAGCGCUUCUCAUUCGGUGGAACCCUUAAGCGUAUCAAGAGCAACCGCUUGAUCGAAGAAGCUUUUAGUGUACCUAACGCGUCAAGAGACAGGUCACUAGUCGGCGGCAAUCCUUUGGUACUGAGAGAGUCUCAGCAAAAUGAUCGCCACGCCCCAUAUUGGAAAUAUCACGUCCUACGAUAUGGAAGUGACUUGUAUCUCACUACAAACCCGGACACCGAGCAUCUUUAUUGUCGUAAUGGUCCUGGCUUUUACGUGGAGGUCUUGUAUUUCGACAAACUGGCCCUGCCAGACCCAUCGUUGGGCUUCAACCUUAUUUUCAAAGACAUGACCUCGUUUGAAUCCCUGUCACGGGACGCUCAAAAUCCAGUAAUGGUCAUUACUAAAAAGCCUCAAUAUCAAGGCGGUUACUUUGCCAUUCUGAUACCAACAAAGCUGCGAUUGAUGAAGCAGGCACCAUUUUCGAUGUCGCAGGUUUCACAGACAUCUCUAUCGCACACCCUGCAUUUUCGAACGUCCACUACCUUGUCACUGGCAACAUCAUACAACGGUUUGUUGAUUCCUAAAGAAAUCCCAUCGAAAUAUUGUCCGCCUGGGGCCGCAGAGGCUCAACUUCCUAGGUUAAAUUUCGAGUAUAGAGAUUUUAACAACUUGCGAUGGAAUGUGGGACUGAUACCCCGUUUUCGCUCCCUGGGGAUUGCACUCAGAACUCGUCUGUGGGUUCUGGGGUUGAUAGGGGGACGGAGUAAUGAGGAAUCACAGUCUUGUUAUGUUGGAAAGCGUAAUGUAUAUUUCCAUCAAAAUUACAUCGUCGAUGGUGAUGACGAUGAUAAUUCUGCAGCUUUACUUUAUAAGGAGUCCGAUCCUGCGGCUGUACACACUGAUGAUGGCCACACGAAAUUCCCACCCGUUUUGGCUGUUUUUAGACCGAAUGACCAGAAGCUACACAAAAAAAUUUCCAGACAUUUGAAGCGCAAUCGUCUUCCUGGCUCGUCAAACUACGUGCUGAGUAAGUUCCGUGGGAGAGACAUGGAAGAGGAUUUAGGUGUUGGCCUGAGUGUAACAAAGUACUUUACUGGGGGUGACGGUUUAUAUUAUGUUCAACAUCCUCAAGAUGACACACCUGAUGACGAUAAGCUCGGUUGGAUUACGGUAUACGAAGACGAUCGCGUAUUUAGACCAGACAAUACUAUCAUGUUCGAUAUAGUUGUCGGUUUGACAUUGGCGGUAGGAUUGCACGCAAAAGAAUAA